GCCUGCCCGCCUCCCCCCCACACCACCCCUCGAGAACCCUCGAUCCCCACGAGCUUUUCGUCUUCAAGAAUCGCGGCACAUUCGGGUCUGGGUUCGGCCCUUUUCGGGAUUCGCAUUGUGGGUUUCGGCUGGGUUUCGUUUUGGUCCCCGGAUGGUCGGGAUUGGUUUCGAUUGAUUUGCGGGGAGAGGGGGGAAAUUUUUUUUUUUUCCCUUCCUCCUUCGGGGUUAGAUCUGUUUUCGGCGCGUGUUCAUGGCGGUUGGUGGGUCGUGAAGGAGGUUCUUGAGAUUCGACCGCCCCCGCGAGAUCCGCCAUGAUUGAUUGAUCCGACCGGGAAAGCGUCCGACGGAAUCAAAAGCUUUGGAUCCGAUCGGCGGAGAAACAGCGCCACGUAGAUGGCGCUGUUCAGACGGUUCUUCUAUCGGAAGCCGCCGGAUAGGCUUCUCGAGAUCUCUGAGAGAGUCUAUGUCUUCGAUUGUUGCUUCUCAACGGAUGUCUUGGAAGAAGAUGAGUACAAGGUCUACAUGGGCGGCAUUGUAGCACAGCUUCAGGAUUACUUUCCUGAUGCUUCUUUCAUGGUCUUCAACUUUAGAGAAGGGGAGAAGCGGAGUCAAAUCUCAGACAUCUUGUCUAAUUAUGACAUGACGGUGAUGGACUAUCCUCGGCAGUAUGAGGGUUGUCCCCUGCUGCCACUUGAAAUGAUACACCACUUCCUCAAAUCAAGUGAAAGCUGGUUGUCACUGGAAGGGCAACAAAACGUGCUUUUGAUGCACUGUGAAAGGGGAGGUUGGCCUGUGCUCGCGUUCAUGCUUGCUGGUCUUCUUUUAUACCGUAAACAGUAUAAUGGAGAGCAGAAGACUCUUGAAAUGGUCUACAAGCAAGCUCCUAAGGAGCUUCUUCAUCUUUUGUCUCCUUUAAAUCCACAGCCUUCACAGUUGAGAUAUCUGCAGUACAUUUCCAGGAGAAACUUGGGUUCAGAGUGGCCUCCUUCUGAUACGCCUUUACUUUUGGAUUGCCUGAUUCUUAGACACCUUCCUCUUUUUGAUGGAGGCACAGGUUGUAGGCCAGUUGUUCGUCUGUAUGGUCAGGACCCUUCAACACCAGCCAAUAGAAGCUCUAAGCUCCUCUUUUCAAGUUCUAAUAUGAAAAAGCAUGCCCGUUUUUAUUUACAGGCGGAAAGCGUACUGGUCAAAAUUGAUAUUCAAUGCCGUGUCCAAGGUGAUGUUGUUCUUGAGUGUAUCCACCUGGACGAGGAUCUAGUUCGAGAAGAGAUGAUGCUUAGAAUUGUCUUUCACACAGCCUUUGUACGGUCAAAUAUAUUGGUGCUGAACCGUGAUGAGGUCGAUGCUUUGUGGGAUUCCAAGGAUCAGUUCCCCAAGGACUUUAAGGCGGAGGUACUCUUUGUGGAUGCUGAUGCUGUUGUCCCUAAUCCCACCUCAGCCACGACUGCUGAAGAUGGAAAUGAGGCUGAAAGUGCUUCACCUGAGGAGUUCUUUGAGGUCGAAGAGAUAUUCAGUAACGCGGUAGAUGCACAAGAAGGGAAGAGGGAGAGUGAUGUAAGUACUUUGCAAGGCAAACCUGACGAUGGUGAUGUGAAAGAGGUAUGGAAGGAGGACGUGGAUGCUCAUUCAUUUCAAGAUUGUGCAUCAGAUGAUGGAAACCUCAGACAUGACGUGAAGGCAGAUUCUGGAUAUGAUGCUGUAAAAGACAUUGUUGUGGAUGAUGUGAAGUACAAGAAUCAUCAGGGUGUGGAUCCGGGUCUCCAUAUGGUGAAGGACAUAGGCGUAGAUAAUGGGAAUAUUAAGUUGGAUUCCAUGGCAUUGGAAGAUGAAGGACCAAGAAAUAUAGAUGGUUUGCAUGGCAAAAGUGAAGAGUUUGAAAAUGGAUAUGGGAUAGAGGACCUCCCUACACGGAAGAAGGCAGAGUCCAGAUCCUUACAGCAAAAGUCGAUUGAUGUGGGUAUGCAAAAGCCUGAUAAGUCUGUGCCACCUACUUCAAAGAAGCUGCCGUCGAAUAAUACUAAAUCAUCUUCAGAUUCAAUUGCCUCAAAACAGAAGAUAAAACAGCAAGAAUCCCAGGGCACUAACGGGAGACAAGCAAAGCCCAACACAAUACCUAGGUGGAUCCCUCCCAAUAAAGGUUCUCACGCCAAUUCAAUGCACGUAUCAUAUCCACCUUCUAGAUAUAAUAGUGCACCUCCUGCUCUUGCAGUUUCUUCAAAAGAGUCUGUCACGGGUGCCAAAAAGUCCCAUCUAAUUCCAGCUGCCCCUGCAAUAGAGACUCACAAAACUUCCCCUCCAUGUACAGAACCAUCAACACGAGAGGAUUCUCCAGAUACGGCUCCACGGCCAAGCCCGCAGCAAAAGGUGACUGCUCCACCUCCGCCACCUCCGCCGCCUCCGCCACCUCCGCCUCCUCCUCCCCUUACGCCACCUCCACCACCUCCUCCCCCCCAACCACCUCCUCGUAAUAGCUUGUCAUUGCAUGAUUUUCAAGCCAGCGACCAUUCUCAGCCUUCUGCAUCAAUUCCAUCAGGCUCUACACCGUCUAUGCCUCCACCUCCACCUCCACCGCCACCACCUCCCUUUUUCUCGCCUAGGCGAAGUAGUGAAGUGGUGUUACCCCCUCCAUCCCCUUGGACAUCUGGGUCUUCUUUAAUAAGCUCCACAACAUCAGCAAGUUCUCCUCCGCCGCCGCCACCUCCACCACCUCCUCCACCGCCUUUUUCAUCGGCAAAAUCUACAGCAGUCACACAAGAAGUUGCCAGUUAUGGAGUUACUUCCUCGUCUCCUCCAUUGCCUCCACCACCUCCUCCACCUCCACCUCAACCUCCACCUCCUAUGCGGGUGACGUUUACACCCCCUCCUUGUCGGCCGCCGCUGCCGCCAUUCUCCACACAUGGUGCUCCUUCACUUUCUACUCCUGUAACACAUAUGCCCCCACCUCCUCCUCCUCCACCGCCACCUCCAGCACGUGGAGCCCCACCUCUGCCACCCCCUCUUCCAUCACGUGGAGCUCGACCUCCCACUCCACCUCCCCCAUCAUAUGGAGCCCCACCUCCCCCUCCGCCUCCCCCUUCAUAUGGAGCCCCACCUCCACCUCCUCCGCCUCCCCCUUCACGUGGGGCACCACCUCCGCCACCGCCUCCCCCUUCACGUGGGGCGCCGCCGCCUCCUCCUCCACCACCUCCGGGAAUUAGAAACCCACCUCCACCUCCCCCACCUUCUCGGGGCGCUCCACCACCCCCUCCGCCGCCAUUGCGAGGAGCUCCACCACCCCCUCCGCCACCUUUGGGCAGAGCACCACCGCCACCACCUCCACCGCUUUCUGGUGGAGCUGUCCCUCCACCUCCUCCAAUGCGUGGAGCCCCACUACCACCACCAGUUCCAGGAGCUCGUGCUCCAGGCCCACCUGCUGCGCCAAGGCCUCCAGGCGGUGCACCCCCUCCACCUCCACCUUUUGGGGCAAAAAAUGCUGCAACUGAUGGAAGAAGUUUGCCUGCUGGAAGAGGGCGUGGCCUAGCACGCCCUUCUGGUAUAGCUGCCACAGCACCUCGCCGAUCUACUUUGAAGCCAUUGCACUGGAGCAAAGUGACACGGGCACUCCAAGGAAGCUUAUGGGACGAGCUGCAAAGAUUUGGGGAACCUCAAAUGGUGUCUGAGUUUGAUGUUUCAGAGCUGGAGAGCCUUUUUUCUACAGCCGUACCGAAACCGGCUGACUCAGGAGGUAAAUCUGGAGGGCGGCGAAAAUCGAUGGGAUCUAAAACGGACAAAGUCCACCUGAUUGACCUAAGAAGGGCCAAUAAUACAGAGAUUAUGCUCACAAAAGUUAAGAUGCCUCUUUCUGACAUGAUGGCUGCUGUGCUGGCAAUGGAUGAGUCAGUAUUAGAUGUUGAUCAGGUGGAAAACCUCAUAAAAUUCUGCCCUACAAAAGAGGAGAUGGAACUUCUGAAGGGCUAUACCGGUGAUAAGGAUAACCUUGGAAAGUGUGAACAGUAUUUUUUGGAGCUAAUGAAAGUGCCAAGGGUGGAGUCAAAAUUACGAGUAUUUUCUUUCAAAAUACAAUUCGGCUCUCAGAUUUCCGAAUUUAGAAAGAACCUAAACACUGUGAACUCUGCAUGUGAAGAGGUCCGUAGUUCCUUCAAAUUAAAGGAGAUUAUGAAGAGAAUUCUCUUCUUGGGAAACAUGCUGAACCAAGGGACUGCAAGAGGAUCUGCAAUCGGAUUUAAGUUGGACAGUUUGUUAAAACUUACCGAUACACGUGCGACUAAUAACAAGAUGACUCUCAUGCACUUUCUCUGUAAGAAACUUGCUGACCGCUCGCCAGAACUUCUUGAUUUUCAUCGAGAUCUUGUUAGCUUGGAAGUUGCAUCAAAGAUACAACUGAAAUCUUUAGCUGAAGAAAUGCAAGCUAUUAUUAAAGGAUUAGAGAAGGUAAAGCAGGAACUGGCUGCUUCUGAAAAUGAUGGCCCUGUUUCGGAUAUUUUUAGAAAGACCUUGAAAGAAUUUAUUGGUGUCGCUGAGGCAGACGUCACGUCAUUGACGAAUUUAUACUCAGCUGUGGGAAGAAAUGCAGAUGCACUUGCAUUGUACUUCAAUGAAGAUCCAGCUCGUUGCCCGUUUGAGCAAGUUACAGCAACUCUCCUGAACUUUGUGAGAAUGUUCCGGCGAGCGCAUGAAGAAAAUUGUAAACAGUCUGAACUGGAGAAGAAAAAGGCUGAGAAGGAGGCCGAAAUGGAAAAGGCAAAGGGAAUUAGCCUUACAAAGAAGAGUGUAAAUAGCUGAUUGGUGAUUGUUCCCAUGUCUAUACUGGAAAUGGAGUUCCCUCAAUCCAGUGGCCCUGAUGACCGUUCGGCACUCAAUUGCAAUGUUUGAUGCCGCUCCUAAUUGAUCUGGAAGCGGAUUGGUCUCAUGUCGGAGCAAAUGACGAGUUCAUUCUUGCCAUCAAAGAUGAGUUCCUGAUCGGGUCAAUCUCCUGUCGGAUCAAAUGGUGAGUUCCCUUGACGCUUGCCAGGUCAAAGAGCAUGAAGACUUAGCUUUCACAUGCCUGAUGCGGUGCUGUUGAGUCAGACGAGCGAGUGCUGCUGUGUGAGCUGGCAAUUAGAUAUCUGAUAAACGGAGAUGAGCUUUCAUGAACAUCAGAAGAUUGCUCAGAUUGGCCAGAAGAGCCGUUCUCGUGUGAAUUUGCGGCUUAGAUGGUGGAAGUUUAGUCUUCUUGGGAACGAACCCUGGAAGGAUAAGUUGGAAACGGUUCACCAUCACAAGGCCCAGUUUGGCUUCUGCUUUCCUCAUUGGCUGGGCAUUGGUUUUUUUCGGCUCCAGGGUGGAUGCCUCCAGGACGGUAGAGCACGAAGUCUGUCUGUACGAUGACACUGUACAAAGCUACUGACCAACUUGUAUUAGGAUACGAUUCUUUCCUCGUGUAACAUAGCUAGUCCAGUAUCUUUUUUUCCCUUUCAGAUUGUUAGGUCGGAUCCCGUCGAUUUUAGAUGUAUAGCUUGUCAGGUUAAGUUAGAGAAAGUAGAAGGCGGGAUUCCCUUGUUGUAAUUGUGAGAUAACAGGAUAGGCUAUAGCGGUUAGCAAUUGUUUUUGUCUGCCACUCAAUUCAUUGUAUCGCUAUUAAUGAAAAUCAAAGGCUUACAUUCUUUUUCUUGGUCAGCG